CUGUCCUGUGUGUCUGUGCGCUCAACUCUCUCUCUCUCUCUCACUCUCACUCUCACACACGCUGCCACUUGUCCAGCCACCAUGAGCACGAGAACCUCCUACUCCAUCCGCUCCAGCCGCUCCAAUGUGCCCCUGGCUCAGAGCUCCAUCAGCCGCACCUCCUAUGCCCCCGUCUACCGGGCGGCCAGCAUCUAUGGGGGCGCGGGGGGCCAGGGCACCCGCAUCUCCUCCGCGUCCUACUCUGGGCUGCGCAGCGGCCUGCCGGCCUCCUCCGGAGGCUUCUCCGUGCAUGUGAGCGGUGGUGGGGAGGCCAUGACCAACAUCAUGGGCAACGAGAAGGGAGCCAUGCAGAACCUGAACGACCGCCUGGCCUCCUACCUGGACAAGGUGCGCAGCCUAGAGCAGGCCAACAGCAAGCUGGAGACGCAGAUCCGCCAGGCCCUGGAGAAGAAAGGCCCUGAUGUCAACGACUACGGCCGCUUCCAGGCCGUCUUGGACGAGCUUCGCAAGAAGGUGUUUGAUGCCACUGUGGACAACGCGCGCUUGGUUCUCCAGAUUGACAACGCCCGUCUGGCUGCCGAUGACUUCAGAGUGAAGUAUGAGUCUGAGCUGGCCAUUCGCCAGUCUGUGGAGGCAGAUAUUGUUGGCCUGAGGAAGGUCAUCGAUGACACCAACCUGAACCGCAUGAACCUGGAGAGUGAGAUUGAAUCCCUGAAGGAGGAGUUGAUCUUCCUGAAGAAGAACCACGACAAUGAAGUCAUGGAACUGCGUAACCAGAUCGCCCAGUCUGGUGUCCAGGUAGAUGUGGAUGCGCCAAAGGGUCAAGAUCUGGCUCAGAUUAUGGAGGAGAUGAGGUCAAAAUACGAAAAGAUGGCACAAAAGAAUCAGGAUGAGCUCAAAAAAUGGCACGAAUCACAGAUCUCAGAAAUCCAGGUUCAGAUGACGCAGAACACAGAGGCCCUGCAGGGCGCGCGCACAGAGUCCACCGACCUCCGCAGACAGCUCCAGACGCUCGAGAUCGAGCUGGAGUCGCAGAAAAGCCUGAAAGGGUCACUGGAGGGCACCCUGCGUGACACGGAGAUGCGCUACAACAUGGAGAUGGAGAGCCUGAACGACGUCCUCCGGGGCCUGGAGGCUGAGCUGACGCAGCUGCGCAACAACAUCCAGCAGCAGACGCACGAGUACGAGGCCCUGCUCAACAUCAAGAUGAAGCUGGAGGCCGAGAUCGCCACCUACAAACGCCUCCUGGACGGCGAGGACUUCAAACUUCAAGACGCCCUGGAGGACCAGAAAUCACUGAAGACAAAAGUCACAACAAUCACACAGACACUGGUGGAUGGCAAAAUUGUGUCCUCAAGCACAGACACUAAGGAGAGGCAGUACUGAUCCUCCCCCCUUCACCCUCACCUUGCCAGCGCAACACUAACACCUCAUGGUCCACUUUUAACAAGAAGAUUUUGUAACUUAUUGUUCCUUUGUUGCUCUUACCCCCAAUUCAGUACUAAGGCAAAUCUUUUCUACUAUCCUUCCUGCCUUAAAGCAACAAGGUAGACAUGGAAAAUGUAAUUUAAGAUGUAAUGACAUUAUCUAAUUUGUUUGAGAAAAUGUUUUUUGGAGCAAUGUGGUUUAUUUUUGUAACUCUGACUUGAGACAUUGUUGUCCCAGCCAUGUUUUUCACCAGUGUUUGGAUGUUGUGUUGUACUUGGUCAGACAAUUCCUAUUAAAAACAAAUGCAUCUUAAAA